AGAACUGUCGCGCGUGAUUGGUUGAUUAAGCAGCAUGGCGUUUGAAUGAGAGCAGGAAGUGUAAAGAGGUUAUCGUCGUCUGGUGAAACUUCACUAGUCAAUCAGUAGUACAGAGUUCCAGACGCCUGUGACCGCGGAGAGUUGACCAUACUUAUAAUCAGGAUAUGUCUUAGAGAUAAAACAAAAUUUAUCCGGAGAGGAGGAAAGAGUCUGAUGAAGGGUCACCAACAGCUGGCAGGAUGCAGCAGAAAAGGAAUAUCCAGAUCAUCGAGUGGGAGGACCUUGACAAAAGGAAGUUCUAUUCUUUUGGGAUAUUCAUGACGAUGACCAUCCGGGCCACGGUCUACCCAGCUACACUGAUCCGCACUCGGUUACAGGUACAAAGGGGGAAAUCCUUCUACAGUGGCACCUUUGAUGCCUUUUUCAAGAUUCUGCGGGCGGAGGGCGUCCGAGGCCUCUAUCGCGGUUUCAUGGUUAACACCUUCACACUCAUCUCAGGCCAGGCCUACAUAACCACGUAUGAGCUGGUUAGGAAGUAUGUGUCGCAGUACUCGGAGGAUAAUACUGUCAAGUCGCUUGUGGCAGGAGGCUCUGCUUCCCUGGUCGCCCAAAGCAUCACGGUGCCCAUAGAUGUUGUGUCUCAGCAGCUUAUGAUGCAGGGCCAGGGGCAGCAUCUCACCCGCUUUCGCCUGACUUCUGACUCUGGAACUGGAAAGCCUAAAAGGUUUUUUGGACAAACCAGGAACAUUAUGGCCCAGAUUUUUGCUGCCGAUGGCUUCAGAGGCUUCUACAGGGGAUAUGUGGCUUCAUUACUCACCUACAUCCCAAACAGUGCAGUCUGGUGGCCUUUCUAUCACUUCUAUGCUGAGCAACUCUCUAAGCUGGCUCCUAGUGACUGCCCUCAUCUGAUCCUUCAAGCCAUGGCUGGACCUUUAGCUGCUGCCACUGCCUCAACUGUCACCAACCCCAUGGACGUAGUCAGAGCCAGAGUACAGGUUGAAGGGAGGACCUCGGUCAUUGAGACAUUCAAACAGCUGAUCAAAGAGGAGGGCACGUGGGGACUGACCAAAGGACUGUCGGCACGCAUCAUUUCCUCCACACCCACCGCCAUCGUCAUGGUGGUGGGCUAUGAGACGCUGAAAAAGCUGAGCUUGCGUCCUGAGCUGGUGGACUCCAGACACUGGUAAACCGUACCUGAGGAGGCAGCAGCACACGUGGACCACGUGCCAUUUUUAACCUUCAUCUCUUAGUGGGAAAGCACAGGAUGAAGGUAGAUUUUUGUCUCUGAUGUUAAAAGAAGUGUGGGAACAUGCAGUUUCUUUAAACCACUUACAUUUUCUAACUUAAAAACACACAACAAGGUUUUGUUUGGGUCUGCUGCUGCUUAACAGGUUUGUAGUUGUUUGGUGCAAAAGCAGAGAAGCAAAGUUGUUAAAACAAAAACAAACCUGAGAGCUUCAGUCCUUUGAUUUCAGUUAUAGAUGCUUUGAGCAGAGUGUGUGAACGGCGGCACAGCGACUUUAUUUUUAUGCCAAACGGGCUUUCGGUGGCCUUUUUAAAAGCUUGUCUUUAUUCUGGUGAGUUCUGGACAAUCAGCUGCUUGUUUUGAUGUUUCAAAGAGCCCAGAGUGAGAAUUUAUGUAUUUUUAUGAUAAAAUCACAAAUGUAUCUACAUCCAAUCCAUUUAAAAUGUAAUCAAACUUUUUCUUUUAGUAUUCAGAUUUAUUCUGUAAUUGUAGCCAUCAUGCUGGCUGAAAAUGUCAGAUUCAUUUUGCUGGUGGGAGAGAAUGUUAGUAUUUCUGUGUAAAACCUGCAGAGUAGUUUAGACGGAGGACAGCAGCAGGACGGUAAAUGUUUGAGUGCAAUAAUACCUGUUGUGUGCAUGAUGCGAGGAGCUCUGCCUAAUGUCCUUCUCUCUAGUCUGUGGGGUUUGUACGUUUUUAGCUCGAUAAACACAAUUUUCUUCAUUUCAGAGUCGCACUGUUUCUCUUUUAUAAAAAUUACGGCUCAUGAAGUUUGCUGCUUUUGUGUGAAUAUUUAAAAUGUUUUAGGGAAGAACAUUAAAAAGUGAGAGAGUGAGAUUGAAGCUCAGUUUGUAGGAAAUGUUUAAGUUUUAUAUGUAGAGGUGAUGCUAUCUCUUCACCGGUAAGAAUAAUAAGCGCGUCUCUGGCUGAGUUGGUUUGUUCCAGGAUUAAAACCAGCCCUUUCUGUGGAUUAUGUUGAAGCACUGUUGAGCUGUGGAGGGGAUGAGACUACAGACUCUUGUUAUAUUUACUGACAUUGUCUUUGCACAGCUCUCUGUAUCACUAAAGGUGUUGUGAUUUUGUGAUUAGCCCGCAGUUGUUGAUCAGACUUGACACAAACAGGACACCUGUGAUUUUGUUACUGUUGUUCGUGUGUCUCCAUUUUGGUUUAAUCAGUAAAACACGUGAAAUGUUUAA